GAUCCUCGGCAAUGUCACCAAAUCCAUGGACUGCAUGAUCCGUCCAUCAACCACACCCGACUUCAACCCACGGCCUGGACACCAAGCUGCUGUUGCUGCUCUGCGCGCCGGCCCGACGACGACGCACGCUUUCCACUCCCCUCUCCGGCAGCCCGUCCGAUACCGAAUUCGCAAGGCAACAUAAUGGCGUCAAUUGUGCGCCCCUCGCUGCUGCUGCGGCAGACGGCCCUGGCCUCGCGAUGCGCCGCCCGCAAUGCCUUUGCCAAGCAGCCCGCCAUGAGAGCCGCUGCCCUACACACGUCCAACAGGCGGUCCGCCAUCCUGCCGCCGGGACCCCAGAGAAUCGAGGGCGGAGUCAACGACCCUGCCCCCGUCCCCGAACCCAACUCGGCCCACGGCUCCUACCACUGGACAUUUGAGCGCCUCCUCGCCGCCGGUCUCGUCCCCCUGACCGUCGCCCCCUUCGCCGCCGGCUCCCUCAACCCCACUAUGGACGCCAUCCUCUGCGGCACCGUGCUGCUGCACUCGCACCUCGGCUUCCAGCAGGUCCUCAUCGACUACAUCCCCAAGAAGAGAUACCCCGGUCUUCGCAAGGCUUUCUGGUGGCUGCUCAACGCCGCCACCGUCACCGUCGGCGUCGGCCUGUACGAGUUUGAGACCAACGACGUGGGCGUCACGGAGGCCAUCCGACGGGUUUGGACUGCAUAGGCGGCGAGAGCGGGAAUUAUUGGUGUGCAUGGCUGGGAAAACGACUGGGAUUGGAUGUAUGCGCGCGGCUCACUGUCGCAGGGCGCCUGUAUAGAAGUGUCUCGUUAAACAGGACAAUGUAUUCCGUUUGUUCGAACUGCAGGGUGCGCGUCAGCCAAGUCGAGGAGUGGUCGAGGCGGCUGGCUCAACGGCCGCAUGAUGCCUGCCCCGGCUCUGUCUACAUAAUCGGGAUCGUACAGCACACCCUGAGACUGGAUGCUUUCCGGUUGCUAUGCAAGAGUCUACGGAGAGCCAAUAUUAACGCUUCAUUUGCUAAAGGCACGACUCCGACGUCAUGUUGCAAUCUCUGUGAGAGGUAUGCCGUUACGCCGAGUCCGUCCAAGGUCUUGUGCGCCGCAGGCUCUAUCACGCCCCCCUCAAGCGAUGCGAGAUUUGACAGGCAGCCUGGGCUCGUCAAUUGCCAACGCCACCAAGGCAUGGCCACAUGUGAAAGGCCAUGCGGAUGGAACACUCAAAGUCGACGAACUGGCUCGGUGGAUAUUAAUGGACGUCACAGCGAUUUGUUACAAGCAAG